CAGGACUCAACUUCAACUCAAAUGGUGUUGAUGUUGUUAGUACAUCUUGAGUUGUAACCUGCUUCAUUGAACAUGUUCGUAUUUACUUAAUAAAAUUAAUGACUAGCAUCAUAAUAUGUUCGGGUUAUCAAUACAAAUUGAAGGACAAUUUUGAAAAGUCUGAUGGAAAUGAAUCGAUUAAAUUAUGAGUGCUGAAAAAGAAACCUACGUGAGACGUAGGGCUUUUAACAAGAUCCACGUCAACAGUUGGUUAAUUUACUUAGAGAGAGAUGGCUAUGUUAGAUGUCCUUUUCAAAACUGCAACUUCAUGGCUUUCGAUGUCAAUGAGAUGUGUGAGCACUAUGGAUACUGUACAGGAGAUAACAGUUCUGCAAGUUUUAUUUGCGAAGUCUGCAAUGGUUGUACUGUUUCCGAGAAGAAGCUACAGGAACACCGAGCACGAGCACACAACAUCUCGGUCCUGCCGGCUAAAACAGACACAGUGGCUGAAGGUGAGGAGCCAGAACCUCGUAGGCCCAGUCGGGUGACUUUGUUGUCAUGGGGAGUGUUCUAUGACAAGUACAAAUAUGUCAAGUGUUCCAACUGUCACUACGUGGGCUCCUCCGUCACAGACAUGUGCCGUCACUACUUUGUCUGCAAAAAGGAAAAAAAACUCCUACUGUACGUCUGUCCGGAGUGCAAAGGGCGCUCACGGGAUGUAGCACAGUUGAUCCAACACCUGGAACAAGCUCACAACCUCUACAAGAGACCCGAUCAGUUCAAUCAUAUAUCUCGCAACAUGACACAGUACUGGGAGAAAGAGCUGCGCGAGGACAAGUUUGCCACGUGUUUGCAUAUCAAUAACAGCAGAGAGCGGGACUGUGAAUACAUCGAUGUGGACUUGCUGGGAAUCAACGAGCACUCCCAGACCUGCAAAGGGCCACAGCAAGUUUUAUCGAAACAAUGGUUUUGUGAAUUUUGCACAAAGUGGACCAGCAGCGAUGAAAAACUAACUAAACAUCAUAUUUUGACACACCACAUAGCCCAUGACUUAGGAGUAAAAGUCGAACCAGAUCUUCCUCAAAGGCUUAUUGAAUCAGAAAAGAGAACCAUAAAUAAUCGUCAAGAUACAACUGUGUCUCGACAAUCCAGUUCAGUUAAAAGAUUGGACCCACAAAGGAAAAACUCCCAAGUAUCACCCAACAAAGAGCUUGAAAUUGAAAUUUCUAAAAAACCAUGUUCAACACCUUCAGUCCACCAAAAGAGUUUGCAAUCGGAAAACUCCCAAGUAAUUUCAAAUACCACCGUGGCAAAGAAGUAUGUUCAAGGAUCGAACCAGAAUGAAAUGCGAAGAGAAAGAGUUUCUACCUCGUCAUCUAGAAGAAUCUUCGUUAAUGUUGAUAGUGAACCUGAAACUAUAGUGCCAGACUUGAUAACGGAAGAUUGUCCCUUUACUGUUGUGGGCUCAAAAGAUAAGAACAAGGAGAUUUUCCUUGAUUUAGUAGAAGACAAGAUUGUUCCUCGAAAAAGUGCAUUCAAACAAACAGAUACGGAAAGUAAUAUGUCUGAAGAAAAUGGUUUAUUUACUGAAGAUAAUUCAAUUACAAACUUAGAACAGGACAACCAUAUUCUUCCUGAUUAUAUUGUGUCCACCAGUGAAAUUCGGUUUGAAGAAGUAAGUAAUGGAAAUUACUAUGUUAAAGAGGAGCCUGUGAUGUUUAGUAAUACAAAUCACCAUAUUACAUUACAGCAAAGAAAAUCAAAAACAACAAUACUUGAUGAGGAAACUGAUUUGAAAGAAAAUCAUGAUAAAUAUAGGAAAAGUAACUCUGAAAAUUCAUUUUGCAGUGAAUUCAAACUCGAUUCAACAAUAACAACUAGCCAAACUACACAUGAAGGUGAAAUCAAAGUAAUAGAGGGUGCAAACAAAAGUUCAACAAAAGGAAAGAGGAAGGAGAGAGGAAGGAGGUUUGUAAAUGAAGUAAAUGCUGCAAAUGGUGAUGAUGACAUGAGUGGAAAAAUGUCUAAACCCAACAAAAGUCCCAGCCUUGUCCUUUUCAAAGACGAGCUAUCAUCUGAUGAAGACGAGAAACCAGAAAAGUAUGAAAACGUUGUUGAAGAAAACCCCUCAUUUGAUUGGUAUUUAGAAAGCCCAUAUAAAAAUAUGCCACCGAAAAGUUACAGCAGAAGAAGGUCAAGCGAAGACAAUCUUGAUAGGAGUUCAGCAAAGGAUUCAGUAAUAGUGUGCAACACAAGUAAACUUGAAACUGACCUGCAUCAAAGUUCAAGUAUUGAUGACAUUGGAAGAGCAUCUGUCAUAAAUUGUAAAGGAAAGAAGAGUAAUGAAAGUAACUUCACAAAUCAAAAGAAAGCCAUGAGUACUCAAGUGCUACAAGAGAAGACUCAUUAUGUUGAGGAUUCAGAGAAAGAAUCGUCGAAGAACUCUGAAAAGAAUGACAAACUCAUGCUUGUAGAAAUUUCUAGCCCAGCUAUGAACAAAACAAAUUCUACAUUUAGCGAUCAAAACACAACCUCAAACACUGUUGAAGUAUCCAGAUUGUCUGAUAGCAGUUUGAUUUCUGCAGAAGCAGUCCAAGAAAUGAAAUUGAAUGAUCAAAUUAAGCAUGAUCUUACUGAAGAUAACUCAAUUCUGAGUAGAGAAAUAGAAUCUUCCAAGCCAAAUUUUUCCGAGUGUUCUAGUUCAAAAACUUGCAUAUCUAUAGAAGAACCUAGCGAUCCCAGAGUUGUAUCUUUCUUGUACAGCGGAAAACUUAAGAAAACAAUUUUAUCUAAUGACUCCCCAAAUAGUUCCUUGAGAGAUUUAAAAACUGUUUCAAGUUUAGAGUUUGUAAAUGAUAAACCUAAGUUUUUUAACAAACCUACAGAUUCAGGGAAUCAAGCUGUUGCUAAAACUCUUGAUGAAUCAAUCAAGGAAAUUGAUGAUCAAAACUGUUUAAAACUUAGACAGAUGACUGAAUCAAUAAAAAAAAUGAACAUUCCACUUUUUGAUUCAAUCAUUGUACACGAGAAUAAUGUAGUAGGUUCAAGUUCCAUAGUUAAUGCAGUGGGCCCUAACGUAUUAGAAUUGAAAGUGGGAAGUACUUUAGAUGAAGAAGCUUUGGUGUAUAAGAACCCAGCAAUAAGUGGAAAUAUGAAAUAUAUUUUGGAUACUUCUAUAAUCGAAAAUCAACAUAGCUCUGUGAUAAUCAACCCUGGAACAAAUGAUAACUCACAAAAAAUUGAAUCGAAAUCGGAAACAAAGACUAUUACAACAACAUUAGACAAUUCAAAUGUAGUGAUUUCUGACAAAACCCCUUUAGAUGAAAACCACAUUUCAAACAACAAUGAACUUGACAUGAAAGAAGAAUUAUUUAAUGGGUUUCAAGAAGUUUCAGAUAAUGUUUAUUCAAAAAAUAGGCGUUUUCGUCAGUUCAUCACCAGAAUAAGUGAAAGUGAAAAUGAAGAGUGGUAUAUAAAUGCAGGGAAUUUGUCGUUGGAUGUAAGAAAGGAUUUUAGGUUGUCUAGUGACAUGUCAAAGCCUUUCAGUCCCGACCACAAACCAUUGAGGAAUUCCAAUAAAAAAGCAGUGGUGCUUGAAUCGCAUGAUAAUUUUAAUACAUUUUGUGAAACACUUCCAAACAAAGGACAAUCAAAAUCAACAGCUAAUCAGAAAUCGAAGGGUGAUCCGAAAGGUGAAGAAAGUUUGAAAUCGAAUCAUAAUAAAAAUAUAUCCAAUCCAAUCAAUCAUAGUAAAGUUGCAAUUGAACCAGUAAAACAGAGAGGUGUUACUGAUGAUGAAACUCUUCAAGAUGUUACAAUGUAUAGUUCUUCAAAAGAAACUAAUACAAAAUCUCUUUCGAAAAGAGAAUCCACACAAACUUUAAAAGUUUCUCUUAGUAUUGAUAAUUUAAAAAUACCUUCUAAAGCAGAGAUUGAUAACAGAAGCCCUCCAAAGUAUGAUAAUGAACGUAAUUGUAAAACAACAGAAGAAACAAUUGUCGAUAAAAAUAAGAAAGUGACAGGAAGUAGUAAAAAAUCUGUUAACCAAGUAAAAGAUCAUUCCAAAAAUAAAAACUUCAAAGUAAAUAAAAGUAUUAGCUCAAAAAACUUAUCUUUGGAACUGGCUGUGAAUGAGCAAAGUAAUCAUCGUAAUAAUGUAACUAAUGAAUUGCCUUCCUCCUCGAGAAAACAAAACCCUUCAAAAAUGCAAAAGAAUGAAUUGCACAACACAGCUAAAAGAAACUUCAAUAUGGAAAAUUCGCUGAUUCAAAAAAUUAAAACUGCCAUAUCAGAAAAAUUCAACCGUGAAAAUAGCAUUGACAGUGUACACCUAACAAGUACAAACUUGGAACACAAUCCAGACUCCAAAGAUGACCCGUCCUCGAAAUCAAAAGUUUUACAAACUGAGGUAUCUGACCUAACUACAACACAGUGUAAGAGUAAUUUUACUGGUGCAGACAUGGAAAAAACUUCAAUAGGUAACUCAACUGCAGAGUAUGGAGAUGAAGAAAAUCUAAAAUGUAGAAUGGAUUAUACAAUAUCCAGUGACGAUGAACCUUUAUCUAAUUUACAAAAAACCUAUCAACAAAGUGUGAAAACUGUCCUUUGUUCAAAAGACAACCUUCUCACCGAAGGCUUCUCUCCACAUGAUCACAAUCAAAAUGAUGAUUUAGAAUCGGAAAAGGUGAAAAAUACAAACAAAGCACAUCUUGACUCCGCAAAACCUACAACCAAAACUGAACAGAUAAACUCUGCUAAUACACGUGAAGAUUUAAAAACUACUAAAAAGAGGGGUAGGAAACCUAAAAAAAAUAAAAUUGAAGCACCUACCAAUGACUUUGUUGUAAUAAACAAAGAGAAACUCAAUGAAACAGCAUUUACAGAUCUGAACAAUCAUAAUACCACAAGUAAUAACUGUACGAUAACAGAGCAAUAUGAUGUAUGUAAUAAAAGCUUGAUAAAUGAUGUUGAUAGUCAUUCCACACCUAAAAGAAGAGGAGGGCCUCGAAAAAGAAAAAUGACUGAACUCACUACCACCUCAAACACAAAUGAAAUGUCGAACUGGUUUGAUCAAUACAGUAGUGAUAACGAGCUAUUAAUUUCAAUUUAUAGUGACGAAUUACAAAACAUUUUAGUUGGUGGUGUUUUUGAAAAAGGGGAAGAGACAGGAAUUGAUUGUUUCAAAAGAAAUUUGCAAAAACAACAAAGUUUUCAAGGCAAAGGUGAAUCCAGCCUGGUUUGUGGCAUUGUUCCUAAAAAAAGAGGAAAAAAAAGACUAUCAAAAUUAGAAAUCGAUUCUCAUGAAAGCUUUCCUGUUACACCUAUAUCCUCAGAAGACUGUAAAGUUUCUCAUAACGAGGAAAUCAAUUCUAAAUCAGUGGCAAAUGACGCAACAUCGAGUGAUAUUAAUGAAGUAAAAGUACCAAAAAGAAGAGGAAGACCACCAAAAUCAAAAGUAGUUUUUCAGAGUACUCCUAAUGCAACUAACCAAUCAACUUGUAAGGAAGAUGUAAAUAGUAAACUGUGUAAUGAUUUACAGAAUAUCUCAAAUAUCGAAACUGACUGUGAUACUAGUGUUACUAAACUACCUAAAAAAAGAGGAAGGAAACCAAAACUACAACCAGAACUCAACAAUUCUAAAAGCUCGGAAAACCCUACUUUUUCUUCAAUGAGUGAAAAUAUUGAUACGGUCAGAGAACAAAUAUUGGAUUUUGAUAAAGAUGAAGUUGCCAAAAAAAGAGGUAGACAUAAAAGACAACCAGAAGUUUCAGAAAAUGAUACCAGUUGUAAUUUUGAAGGAAAAGACGACGAUGCUAGUCAAAAUAAUCUUACACCCGGAACUAAGAAAUUAAAAAGUAAAGGAAGAAGAACAACAAAAUUAACUUCAGAGGUCAAUGAUGAGGAAAAUAAAGUUAGUAAUGUAACAGACAUGGACUGUGAUGAAUCGGAAACUAGCGAACUACUCGGUACCGAUCUGAUCAUCAUAAAUGAAGAAAAAGUCGUUAGUAGUUCUAGAUCCUUGAAUAAUAAAACUAGGAGAUGUAGACAAAAGCCACCACAGAAAGUUGUCAGUGAAGGUGAUAAUUCUGAUGAUUGUGGACCCGAUGACUCACCACUAGUAUACGAUGAUUCUGAAGAUGAUGAGAGUUACAUCCAGCCAAAAAAACGCAGAAGAGCAAAAUCAAACAGAAAUAAUGUUGAUGGAGAAACUGUGCAGACACCAGUGAAUAAAAAUAACAGUUUUAGUAAACCUGGACAGAGUAUUUACUUUAAAACAGAACACCAUGGUGAAGAUAAGAUAGUUUGUGGACUUUGUAAGAAAGAAAUGACCUACACCAAAUACAAGAGUCGACAUGCUGUGUUUAAACAUUAUAUGUUAUCAUGGAUUGAAGGAGUAGAGAGCCCUCCGGAUAUGACCAACAAGAAGGAGAUAGAGGGGAGGCUGUGGUACGCCAAGAAGCGCUUAAAAAAGACUCCGUUUCGCUGCCCUGGCUGUAACUUGCCCAAGUUGAGUGCUGUUGGCUACUACAGUCACAUUCUGUUCUGUGGCAAGGAUUGUGAGGAAAAGGACUCAUUGUUAGUGACAUGCAAGCUGUGUAAUGCAAGAAUGAUGCCAUCUAGUAUACAGGCUCACAACUAUGUCAAACAUAACAAAACUCAGCAGCCGUAUGUUCCACAGAACACUGAAAACCAGCCUAGAGGACCGAGAGCUGCUGCUAAGAGGGCAACACAGGUUAUACAGAAGACCCAAGCUGAUAGCAAAGACGCAGAUGGUCCUGGGUCUCGUGCCAACUCUCCUGAUAGGGCAUCACAGCUGAGACGCCUGUACCGCAAGCCUAGCAAAAUGGUGCCUGCUAAAGAAUACAACCGUUGGAAGGAAUCUCUUGCUGCCAAUCACGUAGUAGCCUGCACAAUGGAAGGGUGUAACUUCACUGCCGGAAGCACAAUCGACUUCAGGAAACACUAUUUCUCCUGUCCUUUCAAACCACCUCAGUUUUAUCAAUGCCGACACUGUGAGUUCAAUUCUCUCAAGCAAGAGCAAAUGGUAGAUCAUGUCGAAGAGAACCAUCUUGAAGAGAAACUUGAUGGACUUCAAGGAUCAGAAGAUGAUUCUUCAGAGCCUAGUGGUGACGAUGAGGGGAAACCACCAAGAGCUGCUUACGCUAGUGGUUCUACACAACCCUUCAAGUUUCUAAGAUAUACAGCAUUUAGGCAACCAAGAAAUAUAAAAUCAAAGAUCAAACGACUCUACACACCGGCUCUAAAAUGGACUCAUAUGCAGAGACAGAGGAUGUUUGCUAAGGAGAGAUUGUAUCCUGAGGCUCAAUGUCAAACUGUGCCAGGAGCAUCUAUCAGCUCACAUCUGCCUGAGCUCACAGAGUCCAUCACUAACACUAACCAACUGAUGGUUUCAGGAGACAGAGGAUGUUUGCUAAGGAGAGAUUGUAUCCUGAGGCUCAAUGUCAAACUGAGACAGAGGAUGUUUGCUAAGGAGAGAUUGUAUCCUGAGGCUCAAUGUCAAACUGUGCCAGGAGCAUCUAUCAGCUCACAUCUGCCUGAGCUCACAGAGUCCAUCACUAACACUAACCAACUGAUGGUUUCAGGAGACAGAGGAUGUUUGCUAAGGAGAGAUUGUAUCCUGAGGCUCAAUGUCAAACUGAGACAGAGGAUGUUUGCUAAGGAGAGAUUGUAUCCUGAGGCUCAAUGUCAAACUGUGCCAGGAGCAUCUAUCAGCUCACAUCUGCCUGAGCUCACAGAGUCCAUCACUAAUACUAACCAACUGAUGGUUUCAGGAGACAGAGGAUGUUUGCUAAGGAGAGAUUGUAUCCUGAGGCUCAAUGUCAAACUGUGCCAGGAGCAUCUAUCAGCUCACAUCUGCCUGAGCUCACAGAGUCCAUCACUAACACUAACCAACUGA